AUGAACUCCCUUCUCCCUACCGAUUCUCCCUCCUCCACGCGCCUCCGCGCCGCCGCGGCAGCGACUACUGCUACCAGCGCCACUCUCACUAAUGCUACUCCUGCCGUUUCGUUCUCUCACCGCCAGCUGCCUUGCCUCUUUCUCUCUCGCCCCGCAGGGAGACUCCUUCGCGUUUCUUAUCGUCGGGCGUUGUCGUCCUCUGCCGUUGCCGCGAGCGGGACCUUGAUGGCCUCCGUGAUACCGCCUAAAAAUGGUGUGUAUACAGUUGGUGAUUUUAUGACAAAGAAAGACGAGUUGCGGGUGGUCAAACCGACGACAACUGUGGAUGAAGCACUGGAUACCCUUGUGGAACACAGAAUUACUGGCUUCCCUGUGAUAGAUGAUGAUUGGAAGUUGGUGGGUCUGGUGUCGGAUUAUGACUUACUAGCACUCGACACCAUAUCAGGCAAGUUGAAUAUCUGA